AUGGAAUCUGUUUUGCUGUGGAGCAACGUGGUGAUCUACGGCUUCGACCCGGUUAGUCGGCUCCUGACUGCCUUCACCAACUUCAGGCGCCUGGGUUGGCUCAUCGCAGUCUUCGUCCUCGCAGCCGCGGUGGUGCUGGUUGCCGCGUGGGUCAAGCCCACAGAGGCGACUCCGGGGCUCUUCGGCUGGCCGUGGGUCGUGCCCUUAGCAAACGUAGUCUUUGCAGCCUCUUUCGGCUACGCCCGGACCAUGGCCUUCUUGAUUCUCAAGGAGCUUCAGGCCCCGUAG